UCCUUUGAUCAUUCUACUACCCAAUUGGUAUUCCGCCGAUUGGCGCACCUAUUGUCCGUUCUUCCUGCGUUGCAGAUUGAAUUUUCUUGUGAUAUUUGUGCACAGAGGUUGAAUCUUUAGCUUGUAAUGAAGAAGUCAAUCCUUCCUGUGAAAAAUGAGAAGGGUUCUGGAACUAAAAUUCUUGCAAAAGAAGAUUUACAGAAGCUUCUAAAACAUUAUUUUGGCUACUCUGAGUUCAGGGGAAAACAGUUGCAGGCCAUUAAUGCGGUUUUGUCAGGAAGGGACUGUUUCUGUCUCAUGCCAACUGGAGGAGGAAAAUCUAUGUGCUAUCAGAUUCCAGCAGUAGCAAAACUGGGCAUUGUGCUUGUGAUCUCUCCCUUGAUUGCACUGAUGGAAAACCAGGUUGAAACCUUGAGGAAGAAAGGAAUUCCUGCUGAGUUUCUCUCCUCUACACAGGCUGUGCAUGUUAAACAGAAGAUCCAUGAGGACCUAAAUUCUGGAAAGCCUUCUCUUAGAUUGUUGUAUGUGACUCCAGAGUUGGUGGCAACUGUUAGUUUCAUGGCCAAGCUAACAAAGCUUUAUGAUAGAGGGCUCUUGAGUCUCUUUGCAGUAGAUGAGGCUCAUUGCAUUUCAUCAUGGGGCCAUGAUUUCAGGCCCAGCUUUCGCAAAUUAUCUUCUUUAAGGAGCCAUUUUCCAGGUGUUCCUAUAUUAGCUCUGACAGCCACAGCUGUUCCUAAAGUUCAGAAAGAUGUGAUAAGUUCCUUGUGCCUUCAUCAACCAUUAGUCCUAAGUGCUUCAUUCAAUCGUCCUAAUAUAUAUUAUGAAGUUCGUUACAAAGAUCUUUUGAAAGAUACCUAUGCUGAUUUGUUAAAUCUACUAAAAUCUAGUGGAAAUGUUUGCUCGAUUGUUUAUUGUCAUGAGCGUUCCACUUGUGAUGAUUUAUCAUCUCACCUAUCAAAGCAUGGUAUCUCAUCAGCAGUUUACCAUGCUGGUUUGAGUAGCAAAUUGCGGUCUACUGUGUUGGAUGACUGGCUAUCUUCCAAAAUUGAGGUUGUUGUUGCAACAGUAGCUUUCGGGAUGGGUAUAGAUAGAAAGGAUGUUCGCAUUGUUUGUCACUUCAAUAUACCAAAAUCAAUGGAAGCCUUUUACCAAGAGUCUGGAAGAGCUGGCCGUGAUCAGUCGUCUUCGAGGAGUAUUUUAUACUAUGGAUUGGAUGAUUGCAAAAGAAUGGAAUUCAUUCUGAGUAAUGCUAUUGGGAAAAAUAAUGAAUGUUCAUCUUCCUCAAAUGGCUUGUCAGAGAAGUCCCUUGCUGCAUUCAAUCAGAUGGUGGAAUACUGUGAAGGUUCUGGUUGCCGGAGAAAAAAGAUUCUUGAAAGUUUUGGUGAACAGAUAUCAACAUCAUUAUGCCAAAAAACAUGUGAUUCGUGCAAACAUCCGAACCUAGUAGUGCAGAAGUUGGAGGAUCUUCAGCGCAUACAUUAUUCUCACAAAAAGGCCAGGCUCUUUCCUAUUUUCAUUAAAAGCACAACCUAUGGCACUUCAGAAGGUCAGAGCACAGAAUUCUGGAAUCGAGAAAAUGAGGAUAGUUACUUGGGUGAAGAAAUAUCAAAUUCUGAAGAUGAAGCAGAUGAUGCUAGCAAUAUGACCAGAUCAAAGAUGCCAACAGAUGCAGCACUAGAUGAAAAAUUCAAGAUAUUGCAGCAUGCAGAAGAGCUUUAUUUUCGGAGUAAAGGUCCAAGCAAGCAGGGUAGCAGCGACAAAAAGACCAUUACUGACACAUUGAGAAAAGAAAGCACAAAAAGGUUUUUGAAUGCUCUGAAGCAGACCAAGGAACGGCUCAGAAAGCUACCAAUAGACUGUGAGGCUUCUGCUGCGUUCCUUGAAAUGGAAUGUUUUAAGAAGUACGAGAAGGUUGGGAAAACAUUUUACAUUUCACAAGUUGCUGCCACAGUCAGGUGGUUGUCAAAUUCCAGCUUUGAGCAGAUAUAUGACAGGCUUAGUGAUGAAUCUACCCAGACUAGCUCCAGUUAUGGACAGGAUGAUCUUCCAAGUGGUACUGAUUCAGCUUUGCUUCAGGAUGGGAUUACUACAGAUGCUGUGCAUAAAGAAAACCAGCUUAAUAGUAAUGCCCUAGUAGAAAAUUUUAAUUGUUCAUUAGAGAUGAAGAAUCCUAGCGAAAAGAUUGAUCUUCUUCCGAUCCCAUCCUUCUCGGAAUUUGUCAACGGAAAGGGGAGGGCACAGUCUUCUGGUUCUUCAAAUAUCACAACUUCAGAAUCUAGGAAGCACAUGGGCAAGAAUCCGGAGAAGAGGAUACGAUUGAAGUAAAUCUGCUUAACCGAUCCCUCUCAGCUAGAUGUUACCUAGUUCAUUUGUCUUUUAAUGCUAAUGUUGUCAAACUACGUGAACCGGCAAUAUGUUGUUUAAGGGGUAGACAUCAAUGUUUUGAUCCAUGUUCUGGAGAGUUUUUUGAUGGCUGUAGAAGAUAGCUGCUAAUGGACCCUAUAAAAGGCAUCGCAUGUGUCUGUGGCAAACAAAGAUUUUGGGCUUGCAAAUUUCAAGCACUUGAUUAAACAUCGUCCUUCUUUGUGA